AUGAUUGAAAACAUUAAUUGUUUGGAUAAGACGGUGAAUGGGAUUGCCAAUGAUGUCGAUUUUGAAAAAAUACUCAGUAUUUUGGAUUUUCCCCUGGAAAUUUUGGAAGGGGAUGGAUUAUAUGGAGAUUGGGAUGCUAAUAAGUCAACCUGCUUUGGGCCUAUCCCUUUGGAUACAUUAAUGGGAUUGGCCCCGACUCCUCGAGGAAAAAUCUGUCAUGCUUCGUUGCUGAAAUCUAUUGCUCCUACUUUAGAGAUUAAUGGAACUCAUGAGCAAAAAGCGUUGACAUGUAUUGAAGACACCUCUAAUUUAAGUAUUCUCAAUCUAAAUAAAUCAGACGAUACAAAAGAGUCGGGCACUUUCCAGACGCAGAGCCCGAGUUCUGCGCUUGAAAGCAAUGGCUCAUACUCAGUUGAAAAGGGCUUAAUUUUCAAAUCUGACAUCGUCAUUCGAAGGCGAACCAGAUCCAGGCGACGUAAAUCCAGGACUACAUGCUCAUGGAUUCUUACGCCUUCCAUAUCUACUGCCGUUUCUGCCUCUAAGCGGAGUCCAGGUUCUAGGAAAAACAAAGAGGCUAAGAGGAAGAAAUCGUCACAGAUGCCAGUCGCAGUGGAAUCCAUAAAUAAAAAAUGCACACAUUGUGAAGUGACAGAGACACCACAAUGGAGGGAGGGACCAAUGGGGCCAAGGACUCUAUGCAAUGCAUGUGGUGUACGGUACCGUUCAGGACGUCUAUUUCCCGAGUAUGCUGGUCGUCGUUCAGGUUGUAAACUCCCAUCUCUGCACUCAAACUCCCAUAAGAAGAUUGUAGAAAUGAGAAACGGAGGUAAACAGCCGGUGAUGGAAGUCGAGGACCUCUGGGAUCUCCAAGAGUAG